AUGAAACCUGCAAGCAUUUCAGACUUCAACGUGAUCGCUUUUGAUAGAGGAAAGAAAUCUAGUGAUCAAAAGCCAAAGAAGAAAGGCCGAAAGUCUAGGAAAUCGAAAAGCAAAGCGCGAGCGGCUAGCAAGAAAAGCCAGGUGAGAAUUAGGAGUGAACCUUUCAUUCCCGGUGCAAUUGAAUUGGACGUCCAGACCGUAUGCAACUACGACGGAAUCAUUAUAAAGGUCUUCUCACCGGUGCCCAUCAGUGGCGAAGUUUUCCCACGAAAUGCUCACGAAAACUGCUCUACUGUCAUCAACGGAACGGAGGCCCAACUGAAGAUGCUCUUCAAUUCGAAAAGUUGCGCUCUCUCACGGAAAGGUUUUGUGUUUGAAAAUGUCAUCGUCGUCAAGCAGAACAAUCUCAGUGAAAUGCCUGUGAUCACGGAAUAUGACAAACUCUACCGUAUCUCUUGUGACUACAGUAACCAAACGACGAAAAUGUCUGCCACCAGUGUUUUACAAAUAAAAGACAUGGACAAAAUGUCGAUUCACCCAAGUGGAAAGAUACCUUUCAGUCCGAUGAAGAUGGAGCUGCGAUCGAAAGAGGAAGUCCGAGGUGGGACUUGUUUUUGUUGGAAAUUCUGCUAA